AUGGCCAUCCUUUUCAGUUCCCCGGGCUUGGCGCCCAUGGCGGGGCUCCUGGCCUUGCUGAUGUGGCGCCUGGCCGCAGCCUACAGCCCAGUGGCCGCCGAGUGUGCCAGGAUGGUCUCUGUUUUAAAUGGCCCUGUGGUCGCCCACUUGCUGGAGUGUUUGGAGGGCCGGGAGUACCUCAGAACCUUUGGCCAGCAGGGGAAAGCGGUGAGCCACGCUCUCUGGGUCUUGGAAGCCAGUGCAAGGGCUCAGAUCCUCAACAUGGGCUUACAGCGAUGGUUUGCCCUGCAGCUGGAGCUCAUCGGCGGUGCCAUGCUGCUCUGCGUCUCUGUGAUGAUCGUUUUGCAGACAGACGCACACCUGGGCAUGUCCGGUCUCUCCCUCACCUACGCGUUGACAUUGACAGCCCUGGCCACGGCCCUGGUGUGA